AUUUACUUUCAUUUUAUGGCUUUGUGAACCUGCAGAUGAUUGUCUCCGUGUAGAGGUUUCUGUGCUUCAGCUGACUCUGUGAUGGCGCUGUGUGAGAACAAAGUGGAGCUUCCUCCUCCCUCUAAAGCCACUCUGUGUGGAGACGAGAUCACCAAAGCUCAGAGCCCAGAGAAGCAGCACAGACCCCACACUGCCCACCGUGAACCUGAACCCAGCUGUAUGUCCGUGAUGAGCGACCAGUCCAAUGAGCGAUAUAUUGAUUUCAAACAAGGAGCACAGGAAACAAAGAUACGUCAGAGAAAACAAUCUCCUAAACCUGAACCCGUCUGUGUGUCCACGAUGAGCAGCAGCUCAAAUGAGCGAUAUAUUGAUUUCAAACAAGCACCAGUGGAGACGAGGGGUUAUCAGAUUCCAGAUACUUCUAAACCCGGACCGAGCUGUGUGUCCAUGAUGACCGACCAGUCGAAUGAGCGACAUAUUGAUUUCAAACAAGGAGCACAGGGCACAAAGAUACGUCAGAGAAAAAAAUCUCCUAAACCUGAACCCGUCUGUGUGUCCACGAUGAGCAGCAGCUCAAAUGAGCGAUAUAUUGAUUUCAGCCGAGAUACAGAGAAGAGUCAGAACCUGCCUGCUAAUGAAGGCUGGUUAUCCUUCAUGAAGAACUGGAUCAUGGAGGUUAUCAUGAAUUUCUUACAAAGAUUAUUUGGGAAACAGUUACAACAGAUACCAUCAUCUACUGAACCUUAUUCAUCAGCACCCACAACGUGCGAUGAAUCUGUUCUUCAUAACUCCAUCAAUGAACUCGACUCUUUUAACGAGACGUUACAACAGAUACCAGCAUCUACUGAACCUGAACCUCAGCUUCAGCCCAGCUUUGCACCCACAUUGUGCAAUGAAUCUGUUCUUCAUUACUCCAGCGAUGAACUCGACUUUAUGCUGCUGGAGGACAAAAUUAUCACUUUUGUGAAAAAUGAGCUGAAGAAGAUCCAGAAGAUUUUGUGUCCAGAUAACUCAGAGAGUCAAAUGGAGGAAGAGAUGCUGCUGGGGGGUGAGGGUGAAGAACAGAGGAACAGAGAGGCAUUGGUGAAGCUCACCCUGCAUUUCCUAAGAACAAUGAAAAAGGACGAGUGGGCUGACUGUCUGCAGAACAAACUUUUUGCUCCACAAUGUCAACGUAAACUUAAAAGUAACCUGAAAAAGAAGUUCCAGUGUGUGUUUGAGGGGAUCGCUAAAGCAGGAAACCCAACGCUACUGAAUCAGAUCUACACUGAGCUCUACAUCACAGAGGGAGGGACUGCAGAGGUCAAUAAUGAACAUGAGGUCAGCCAGCUUGAAACAGCAUCCAGGACACCAGAAAGACCAGAAACAACAAUCAGACGAGAAGACAUCUUUAAAAGGUCACCUGGAAGAGAUGAACCAAUCAGAACAGUGCUGACAAAAGGAGUGGCUGGCAUUGGGAAAACAGUCUUAAUUCAAAAGUUUACGCUAGACUGGGCUGAAGAAAAAGCUAACCAGGACAUCCAUUUCACAUUUCCAUUUACAUUCAGAGAGCUGAAUGUGCUGAAAGAGACAAAGUUCAGCUUGGUGGAACUUGUUCAUCACUUCUUUACUGAAACCAAAAAAGCAGGAAUCUGCAGGUUUGAAGACUUCCAGGUCGUGUUCAUCUUGGAUGGUCUGGAUGAGUGUCGACUUCCUUUGGACUUUCACAAUACUGAGAUCCUAACUGAAGUUACACUGUCGACCUCAGUGGAUGUGCUGCUAACAAAUCUCAUCAGGGGGAAACUGCUUCCCUCCGCUCGUGUCUGGAUAACCACACGACCUGCAGCAGCCAGUCAGAUUCCUCCUCAGUUUGUUGACAUGGUGACAGAAGUCAGAGGGUUCACUGACCCACAGAAGGAAGAGUACUUCAGGAAGCGAUUCAGAGAUGAGGAGCAGGCCACGGGGAUCAUCACCCACAUCAAGAAAUCGCGAAGCCUCCAUAUCAUGUGCCACAUCCCAGUCUUCUGCUGGAUCACUGCUACAGUUCUGGAGGAUAUGUUGAAGCCUAGAGAGGGAGCAGAGUUGCCCAAGACUCUGACUGAGAUGUACAUCCAUUUCCUGGUGGUUCAAUCCAAAGUGAAGAAAGUCAAGUAUGAUCAUGGUGUUGAGACAGAUCCACACUGGAAUUCAGAAAGCAGGAAGAUGAUUGAAUCACUGGGAAAACUGGCUUUUGACCAGCUAGAGAAAGGAAAACUGAUCUUUUAUGAAUCAGACCUGACAGACUGUGGCAUCGAUAUCAGAGCAGCCUCAGUGUACUCAGGAGUGUUCACACAGAUCUUUAAAGAGGAAAGAGGGCUAUAUCAGAACCCAGUGUUCUGCUUCAUCCAUCUGAGCGUUCAAGAGUUUCUGGCUGCUCUUCAUUUCCAUCUGACCUUCAUCAACUCUGGAGUCAGUGUGCUACCAGUGGAACAAACAGCAUCUCAGACAUCUGAAACACCUAAAAAUAAGAUUGUAAAGACAGACUUCUACCAACGUGCUGUGGACAAAGCUUUACAGAGUCCAAAUGGACAUCUGGACUUGUACCUCCGCUUCCUCCUGGGUCUUUCAUUGCAGACAAAUCAGGAUCUUUUAAAAGGCCUGCAGACACAGACAGAAAGCAGUUCAGAAACCAAUAAGGAAACAGUCCAGUACAUUAAGAAGAAAAUUGGUGAGAAUCUGUCUGCAGAGAAAAGCAUCAAUCUGUUCCACUGUCUGAAUGAACUGAACGAUCGUUCUCUAGUGGAGGAGAUCCAACAGUCCCUGAGUUCAGGAAGCCUCUCUAUAGAUAAACUGUCUCCUGCUCAGUGGUCAGCUCUGGUCUUCAUCUUACUGUCAUCAGAAAAUGGUCUGGAUGUGUUUGACCUGAAGAAAUACUCUGCUUCAGAGGAGGCUCUUCUGAGGCUGCUGCCAGUGGUCAAAGCCUCAAGAAAAGCCGUACUGACUGACUGUAACCUCUCAAAGACAAGCUGUGAAGCUCUGACUUCAGUUCUCAGUAACCCAGUCUCUAGUCUACUUGAGCUAGACCUGAGUAACAACACCCUGCAGGAUUCUGGGGUGAAAGCACUUUUUGUUAAACUGGGGAGCCCAGACUGUAAACUGGAAACUCUAAGGCUGUCAGGCUGUCAGAUCACAGAGGAUGGCUGUAGGUCUCUUGUCUCAGCACUUAACUCCAAACAUACCCACUUGAAAGAACUGGACUUGAGCUACAAUAAUCCAGGGGACUCAGGAGUGCAACUGUUGUCAGAUGAACUACAGCGUUCAUUACAAAAACUAGAAAUUCUGAGACUGAGUGUCUGUAACCUGUCAGAGAAAAGCUGUGAAGCUCUUUCUCCGGUUCUCUCCUGUCAGUCAUCGAGUCUGAGAGAGCUGGACCUGAAUAACAACAACCUGAAGGAUACAGGAGUGAAGGCACUGUCCACUGGACUGGAAAGUCAACACUGCAAACUGGAAACUCUCAGGCUGUCAGGCUGCUUGAUCACAAAGGAUGGCUGUGCUUCUCUGGCCUCAGCUCUGAACUCCAACCCCUCUCAUCUGAAAGUGCUGGACUUGAGUUACAACCAUCCAGGGGAUGCAGGAGUGGAGCUUCAGACUGGAGUAAAGGACCAACGCUGGAAACUAGAAACCCUAAGGGUGGAACCUGCUGGAGCAGAGUGGUUGAAACCAGGUUUGAAGAAGUAUCUCUCUAAACUCACAGUCGACACAAACACAAUAAACAAAAAUCUCAAACUGUCUAUGAAUAACAUGAAGGUGACACAUACGAGAAACAACUUCAUAUAUCCCGAUCAUGCUGACAGAUUUGUUGACUGGUGUCAGCUGCUGUGUAAAGAUGUUUUACAUGGUCGCUGUUACUGGGAGGUGGAGUGGACAGGUGAGGUUGAUAUAUCAGUAAGUUACAGAGGAAUAGGAAGAAAAGGAGAACGAAAGAACUGCAGAUUUGGAGAAAAUCCUCAGUCCUGGAGUCUGGACUGCUCUAAUGCCCGUGGCUACACUGUGUAUCACAAUCAGAGAAUAUCAGUCAUUCACCCCUCGUCCUCCUCGUCCCCUCACUGUGGUUCUAAGCGAGUAGCGGUGUAUGUGGAUUGUCCUGCUGGCACUCUGUCCUUCUACAAUGUCUCCAGUGACUCUCUGAUCCACCUCCACACCUUCAACACCACAUUCACUGAACCUCUUUAUCCUGGCUUUGGAAUCUGGCACCAUUCAUGUGGUUCCUCGGUGCGUCUGUGUUCUGUGCAGGUGGAAGAAUCUCCUUCUGUCAGAGAAACAGUGUAACUGCAGAUACACAGACAAAUCUACAGGCUCUCAUGGACUCAGAUCACGUUUAACAUCUACAUGAGGGAUUUCUUAAGAAUUUAAAGAUUGUGUCUUUAAAUUGGGAUUGUGUCUCAUUAUUGCAGUGAUUCUGUAACUGCUGAGUGUCUUUAGUGUCUUAUGUAAAUCAUUCUGACCUGCCUGGUUGUUUAAAGAUGGAUUUUUUCAUGUUCCCUCACACUUUUUUGUUUUAACAUUUGGAGAAUCUGUGUAUGUUUUAUAGUUUCACUUUUUUUUUUCUCUGAAAUGGGACAAAAUCGAAAACGUAAACUUUGAAGACCAAAUGAAACUUAUACUAGUAUUGUAAAAUAAACAUUUAAUGUAUAUAGUAUACAUGCAGUAUUAUAUAAUUCAUACAGAAGGGUGUGUUGUAGAUAUGUAUAAAUCAUUUUAUUAAGUAUUAGAGGGGGGAAAAACUGUUGUCAGCACAACUGGUAUUAGAAACAGACAACUCUGGAGCUCAAGUCAUUUUGUAUUCAACAUGAAGUGGGUUUCCUCGCCUUCAGUGAGCUUCAAACAGCUGUUCAUUGUCACAUACUGCUCAAUCCAGUAAAACUUUGUGAAAUUCACCUCAAAUAUAAAUGUGUUUAUACUGAUUUGAAUAUUGCAGACAGAAAUAAUGUGAAUUAGGUUUCCCACCAGGUUGAAGCUGAUGUUUGUCAGCAUUAAAAGACUACUUGUAUAAAUACAUUGAAAUCUCUUAGGUCGCAGUGAAAGUUAAAAAAAAAUUUUAAGUCAGUUAAAUCACCUGCGGUGGAUAUGAUUGGUGUGAAAUUUUUUUAUCUAAAUGGAACAGGGCUUGGUUGGUGGUCAGCAGUGCUGCCUAAGAGCAAGAAAGGUUUUGAAAACCCUUCCUCUUACCCAAAAUUUAUCUAAGUUGAAAGAUGAAUUUAAUAGGAUGAAACCAUAACCAAAAUAUGACAUUGAUUGUUUGUUUUUGUUUUUGUUUUUCAUUUUGCAAUCAGAAACAAAGUUUUAUGAUAUAUAUUCUAAGCAAAAGUAACACAGUAGUGGAAUGUUACCUCACAGUAAGAAGAUCUCAGGGCUGGCUGGGACUCUGAUGUGGAGCUUGGAUUUUCUUCACUUGCUUCUCACUCGGUACUAAGUCUUCUCUCACAGUCAAAAGUAAAAUUAAAACAAGGUAUAAAACAAAAAUACUAGUUAGAAUAAGCCAACAUCUGCAUACAUAAGCCAUAGCGGAGAAAGAAUAGCUGAUAAUAAAUAGCUGUAUGGCUCUGUGUAUUGGCAAACUGUCCAUGGUGUACCAUCUCUUGUGAUUUAGAAAAGCUGGUUUAGAUUCUGGGGGGUGAAUAGUGAGAUGCUUAUCUCGCUUGGCUUGUGUGUGGACACGUGAUGCACAAAUAAGAGUGAUUAAUAUUUCACUGUCUUGUUGAGUGUUAUACCAAUCAGAAGUCACAAAUGUUGGGAUCAGCUUUGAACUGACCCCAAAAUAAUA